AAUGUCAAAGUGAGAAUAAUUGCAUUCAUUGCACGCGUUUUCCUUGUUACCUGUUAAACAUAAUUUUCACGUGUUUAAAAUUUUGUGCAACAAAUGUGUAAUAAAUAAACAAAUACUCAUUAACAAUGAAACACAAACGGUUUGAGGAGAACAUUUUGGUUGACGAAGCAUAUACCAACUACGGUAAAGUUGACAAAAAUGCUGACAACAAAAAAGGUUCUGGUAUAGCUAAACAUUUCGCUGAAAGUCUCGAAUACGAGGAGAAAAAGAAAUGGUAUCAUCAGUUGCCUGAGGAACCAAGUACAAUAUCAAAGACACUGACACAGGAACAGGUGGAGGAGAUAAGAAAAGAAGCCAACAGCGCCCUGCAUGGAGACACAUUAGCAUAUGAGACAAAAACCAACAGAGGUGGUUCAUCAGACCACCAAUGGGCGAAGACACUGCUAAACAAAGGUGCCAUAGGGGACAGGGUGGCUGCAGCCACCAUAUUGAUACAGGACAACCCUGUUUACAACUUGACAGCCCUAAGGAAUCUGAUCAACAGCGUGAAGCCAGCGAAGAAAAAGGAUGGCAUUAUUGUCAUUGACGCGUUAUCCGAACUGCUAAUCUCAGACCUACUGAUUCCUGAAGUCAAACUGCGGUCGUUUGAACAGCAUCCACUUGCACACGUUGACGACUUGACGUCAGGCAACAAGCAACUCAGACGGAGUAUACUAAAGCUAUGGUAUUAUGAGGACCAGCUCAAAGAGUUAUAUGGCACAUAUGUGGAAGCCUUAAAUAAAUUUGCCCACGACUCGGUGGACGCCAACAAGGAGAAAGCUGUUAGCGCCAUGUCAUAUUUACUCAUGCAUCAUCCGGAAAGAGAAAAGAUGCUGCUAAACAACAUAAUCAACAAGCUCGGCGACCCAUCCCAGUCGGUGUCCAGCAAAGUGAUCUAUCACCUAUGUCAGUUGUUAUACAACCAUCCCAAUAUGAAGACAGUGGUUCUCGCUGAGAUUGAGAAAAUGUUGUUCAGAUCAAACAUAUCGCCCCGAGCUCAAUACUACGGCGUGUGUUUCCUGAACCAGUUCUUCCUGGGGAAGGACGACUCCAGGGUCGCCGAGAACCUGAUAAGGAUAUACUUCUCCUUCUUCAAGGCUUCCAUCAAGAGGGGCGAGAUAGACUCGCGACUGAUGUCAGCGAUACUGACAGGUGUCAAACGUGCAUAUCCGUUCGCGGACAAGGAGCGUCUGGCGGAGACUCCGACACACAUAGACGCGAUACACAAACUCGUGCAUUUGUCCAGCUCGAAUGUUGCCGUACUAGCGCUGGCCUUGCUGUUCCACGUGAGCGACGCCGCCGGCGGCACUUCCCACCGUUACUACACCGCCCUCUACCGCAAGCUGAGCAACCCGGAAGUUUUCAACACGUCACAUUCCGCAUUGCUUUUCUCGCUCAUAUACAAGUCAUUGAAGCAGGACAAGGAUGUGAACAGAGUUUGCGCGUUCAUCAAAAGGAUAUUGUCACAAUGUUGCUACGCGUUACCCGCUCAGGCCAGCGGCGCAUUGUUCCUAGUGUCGCAAGUGUUGAAGGAUGGAGAGAAGAAGGAUGCUGCUAAAUUCAUCUGGACCAAGGAGGAAUUCAAAGAUGAAAUAAAAGACGAAUCCGAAACAAAAACAGAAGACGCGUCGGGCAUAGACAACGACACGAAAGAAGACGAUGUGAUAGAGAUGGCGAAUGAUACCAUAGAUUCUACAGAAGAGGAGAAAGGGGAACAGAAGAGAGUUGAUCUGUUGAGGGGUGAUAAAAGGGACCUUUUGAUGGACGACGAUGACGAAGAAACGUACGUAGACCUCAAAAUGGACGAUCAAGGGAACAUCAAGCCGAAGAAACGUAAAAGCGGAGCGGUCGCGGGCUGGCACCACGCUAAAGUCAAAGUGGAGAGUGAGACGGGACAGGUGAAAGAGAAAGAGAUGGAACGAGAGAAAGACGCGAAAAUACAGUUGAGGAAAACUGUCAAUAUGGAUAGGGUAAUAACUGAAUAUAACCCGCACGCUCGUAAUCCAUCGUUUUCCGGCGCCCAGUGUUCAGUUUACAUAGAACUGAUAGCUCUGGCGCGCCAUUUUCAUCCGACCGUCAAAUUGUUCGCGGAGAAACUUGUGAACGAACAAAUUAUCCAAUACAGCGGAGAUCCGCUCAAAGACUUCUCCGGCAUUCGCUUCCUCGACCGGUUCGUGUUCAAGAACCCGAAGAAGCGAGCCGACGGCGAAGUGAAGGUGAAGGGAUCUCACCCCAAGUUCGCCGUGAGGAAGAAUUAUGUUGCUAAAGGCUUAAGAAGUUUACCAGUGAAUUCGUCGACGUAUCUCAAUGAGGACGCGAAAAAAAUACCAGUUGAUGAGAAAUUCUUAUACGACUUCCUGAAGAAGCGCCGCGAAGUCCAGGGCUCCGAGGCCGAGGACAGCGACGCCGACUCGGUCACCAGCGAGGACUUCGACCGGUAUCUGGACUCCAUGACAGGGAAGAAUCAGUUGGACUCGGACGAGGAAUACGAUUAUCUCGCAGAAUUGGAAUCGAAUAAAAGCAAGCGUGGCUCGAAGAAAUCUGACGACGCCAGUGACGACGGUGAUGAUGAUGAUGAUGACGGUGUAGAUGAUGAAAUUGAUGACGGAGAAAGUGACGCUGAGCUGAAUAUUGCGGGCGAUGAUGAGGAACCGGACUUAUCUGGCGAUGAAGAUGAGUUAAUGUUGGAAGGCAGUGAUGAUGAGGACGACCACAUCGAAGUGCCAGGGAAGAAGGGCAAGGGAAACAUGAAGCUUAAACUCAAAGGAAGCGACGACUUAGGCUCCUUAUUCGCCUCAGCUGAAGAAUUCUCAACGUUACUGGAAGACACAGCGACGAACAAAAAGCAGGGUUCCAGUCAAGCUGUAGCCAAUACAGACAACGCUAGUACGAAGCAGCUAGCGUGGGAAGACAAACGUGAUAGGUGGAUCAAAGGAUAUAAUAAAAAAAUACUAGGAAACAAAUCUAAACCGAAGAAAUUCAGAAAACAAAACGCCGACCGCAAUUUCGGUGAUAGAAGACAAAACAAGAUGGCGGAUAGAAAAGGCGCGAAACGGAAAGUCGGGAAGGCGGACGGUGCAGGCGGGAAACGCAAGAAAUUUUGAAUCAUUAAAUAAAUGUUUUUAAGAUUU